UCUUUCCUCUACCCCUACACAGCAACGCUGCCGGUGGGGCGGAACACUCCUCAUCGAUCAGUUGGUUUCUAGGAACCGCCGACAGACCUGGCACACCACCGUGGCUUCUUGCUAGAGAUCUGACGCUUUGAUUUGCCAACUCGCCGUCGUAUCCCCUCAACUCACUGCAACAUGGGAGAGCGAGAAGACCUAGUUUAUCAGGCAAAACUCGCCGAACAGGCAGAGAGAUAUGACGAGAUGGUGGAGUCUAUGAAGAAGGUGGCGGGGAUGGACGUGGAGCUCACAGUGGAGGAGAGGAACCUACUAUCGGUGGCCUACAAGAACGUGAUCGGGGCUCGGAGAGCGUCUUGGAGGAUAAUCAGCAGUAUCGAACAGAGGGAAGAGAGCAAGGGCGGCGAGGAGAAGCUGAAGAUGAUCCGGGAGUACAGGCAAACGGUGGAGAAGGAGCUGAAGUCCAUCUGUGGCGACAUCCUGGACGCGCUGGACCGACACCUACUCCCCUCCGCCGCCAUGGGCGAGUCCAAGGUCUUCUACAACAAAAUGAAGGGGGACUACCACCGGUACCUGGCAGAGUUCGCCACCGGCAACAACAGAAAGGAGGCGGCAGAGAACAGCCUGGUGGCCUACAAAACCGCCACGGACCUCGCCAUGUUGGAGCUGCCGCCCACGCACCCCAUCCGCCUCGGCCUCGCCCUCAACUUCUCCGUCUUCUACUACGAGAUCCUCAACUCCCCCGACCGCGCCUGCAGGUUGGCGAAGGCUGCGUUCGACGACGCCAUCGCAGAACUGGACACGCUGAGUGAAGAAAGCUACAAGGACUCCACGCUUAUCAUGCAGUUGUUACGCGACAACCUGACACUAUGGACUUCAGACAUGCAGGGAGAAGAGUCCUAAAGGAAUCAAAGCGCUUCUUUUCUCAUGCUAACUGUACUUUGUGAAGAACAGAACAAAGAGACACUGCAAGACGUCGAGGACGAGGCCCAGUGAGACUGCCACCAACAGCCAACAACUUGAUUCCCCUCUGCCCCUCACCUCCUCACACUCCCCCCCCCCUCCCCCUCCGCCCAUGCCUUUGUCUUCCUCAUCCUCCUCCUCCUUUUUCCUUUUCCUCACCUCCGGCAAUCCCUGACCCUGCAGGGUCAUGGGAGUUAAUGAUUUUAUUUUUCUCUUAUUUUUGUAUUAGCCCUCACACCGUUUGAUUAAAUACCACUUAAUUGAGAAAGGAAGUCCAACGUUAGAAAGAGAAAGAGGUCCCUGUUUGCUGUUUUUUGUCCUGGUACAAGCAGUUCUGAAAAACCAUUCUUUGUUUAUUGUAUUUUUGUUUUUUGCUUUUUCCUCCAUAUUUUUAUCAGUUGCUGGAUGUAUUGAGAUUUUUUUCGUAAUGUAAUUACAGAAAUUAACUUUUAUUACUAAUAAUGUUGAAUACUAGUUUUGGGAGCUAUUUUAUCUCUGUUUUUAGUGACAUGUCGAACAGAUUAUCCGGCCUUCUGACGGGCACGUCGGGGAAGCCCCGGCGUCCUUUUUGUUGGGCUGGAUUUUCCGAGGAAGUUGGCAGAAUGUGCGAUAUCCACGUGGGGCAAAGAAGUGCUUAAUGUUUUACACUACGAUUAGUCUCGUGUUUUAUAGCUGUUCCUGGACUGUGUUUUGUGCUGAAAUACUGUAAGUGUUGACACAUGCUAGAUCUCUUUAACACUAACUUAUUUCUAACUGGUUUGAUUCUUCACCAACGUUGGGAGAUUUCUCACCUGUGUAAAAAGUGUCUGUUUGACCCGGUUCCCCCGCUGAGAUCACGGGCAGCACAGACAUGAGCUAACACGUUAGCUUCUGCUGCUUCUCCCCUGCUUUAUCAUAAAGCUCCUCUAGAAUCAGAUUUUCUUUCUUAGGCUGUUUCAUUUCUUGCUCUCCUGUAUUUGUUUUUUGUUUUUUUUGCUUCAUUAUAUGUAACUUGGAGCUGAUUUGUACUACUGGAUAUCUGACUGGAGCCACAGACAGGGAAUCUGUAACGUUCUUGUUGAAACACAGCAUGGCAUUAACAUUAAACAAUCUAAAUUAAAACAAA